AUGUCUUUCUCUAGCCUCGUACAGGACUUAUCAUUCAGAGAUGCGGCCAGCGAGCGACGACCACCAAUUCGAGGACCAGGAUCCGUUUCGACUUACGAUGAUCGUGCAUCAUAUGUUUCCAGGGCCGACUCUCACGUCUCUAGAGCCAGAUCGUACGCAAGUACAGCUGCGACUAGCGUAAGCAUAUCUGGAGAUAUUGGCAGUCAACUGCACGGUGGUUACUGUCAUCCUUUGGCAAGAUCAUGGCAGGCCGAGAGACAAUUGACCAAGUCAAUGCUUAUCUACCCCCUAUUCAUUUCCGACAUUGAUGACGAAGAAACUCUUAUUCCUUCCCUACCCGAUCAACAUCGCCGAGGUAUCAACAAAGUUGUCCCAUUCUUAGAACCUCUUAUUCGCAAGGGUUUGAGAUCUGUUAUAUUAUUCGGUGUGCCGAUUGCGCCUAACGUCAAAGAUGCUCUUGGAACCGCUGCAGACGACCCACAAGGUCCAGUCAUUGCCACAAUUCGACUCCUCCGUCAAAGAUUCCCGCAACUAUUCAUCGUUGCAGAUGUCUGCCUUUGCGAAUACACCUCCCACGGACAUUGUGGUAUCUUAAGGGACGAUGGUAGUCUCAACAACCAGUUAUCCGUUGAUCGCGUUUCGGACGUCGCAAUCGCAUAUGCUCAAGCUGGUGCUCAUUGUGUAGCUCCUUCAGAUAUGAAUGAUGGUCGCAUUCGUGCUAUCAAACUUAAAUUGAUCGAGGAGGGUAUUGCACACAGAGUUGUCUUGAUGUCAUAUGCUGCCAAGUUCUCUGGUUGUUUAUAUGGACCAUUCCGUGAUGCAGCUGGUUCUGUCCCUUCAUUUGGAGACCGAAAAUGCUACCAAUUACCACCAGGAGGUCGUGGUCUUGCUCGCAGAGCCAUCGAAAGAGAUAUCGGCGAAGGUGCAGACAUUAUCAUGGUCAAGCCAGCAAGUCAGUAUCUUGACAUUAUCAGUGACGCAAAGGAGAUUGGAAAGAAUAUGCCUGUUGCUGCAUAUCAAGUUAGUGGAGAAUUCGCGAUGAUUCAUGCUGGAGCAAAGGCUGGAGUUUUUGACUUGAAGACAAUGGCGAUCGAAUCUUCUGAGGGUAUUUUGAGAGCUGGUGCGACUAUCAUUGUCAGCUAUUUCACACCACAAUUCCUUGACUGGCUUGAGUCAUAG